AUUUAGACGCUAGCAAGCAAAGUCCACGACAAUGUGACCGGCUUCACAUGAAUAUUAAUAUAUCGUCGAAAACAAUCAACACAUCACUGGGUCAAAAUGGCGGAACCUGAGCAAGUCCUUUUAGAACCUAAAGGCGAUAAAAACCAUGAAAAAUAUGUGGUGAAUCCUGGCAAAGGAUCUAGUGGUAGAUGGCUAACUAAGCUACAACUAGCGCUCCUAGCGUUGCUGGUGAUUCUGCUUAUUAUCAUCAUCAUUAUCCUGGCUGCAGUCCUUGGAGUUGAGCGAGCGAAGAACCAGAGAGAAAAAACCGGUAUAGCUGGUAAGGACAAAGAUGGCGGGAAAACCACCACAGGGCCUCCAUCGGCGAAGAUCUGGGACAAGCUUCGCCUCCCGUCCACCAUGACGCCUAUGCACUACGGUCUGGACAUGAACAUCGACCCGAACCAGGAGAAGUUCAGUGGUCACGUGGUCAUACACGUCAAUGUGACGCGUGAGACCCCGUAUGUAAUGGUUCAUUCGCAAGGUCUCAACAUCACUAAAGUGUCCGUCAGGAAUACUGCGAGCAAAGACGAACUCGAGGUCAAGAGGCAUUUCCUUCACGCACCAAACCAGUAUCACGUGACCGAGGUUACGUCAGCACUAAAGCCUUCGCUGAUCACUGUGACGUACGAGUUCGUGGGCGCGUAUGGGCAAAGUGUCCUUGGAUUGUUCAGGGGGACUUAUAAGAAGGCCGAUGGAACUGAUGCGUAUUUCGUCGCAACGCAGUUCGAGCCACACUAUGCGCGCACCGCAUUUCCAUGCUUUGACGAGCCCGCACUUAAGGCGACGUUCAACACGACCAUCACCCACCCAAGCGACAUGCAGGCCUUUACCAACGGAGCACAAGUAAGCUCCGCUCCUAAGGGGAACCUGACGAUGACUAGCUUUGCGACCUCGCCGAAGAUGCAAACAUACCUAAACGCUUUCGACGUGGGUUACUAUGAGCUCAUGGAAAAGACCAGCAACAGUGGAGUCAAGGUCCGAACGAUAGCUCGUCCCGGACGAAAAGAUCAGAUGCCAUACGCUCUGAAGGCAGCAACUGAGUCGUUGAACCAACUGGAGCAGUUUUUUGGCAUUCCCUACCCGCUGCCGAAACUAGAUUUGAUUGCUACUCCAGAGUGUCUUGUGGCCAUGGAGAACUGGGGCCUGAUUCAUUUCGAGGAAGAUGGUUUGUUGUACAAGGAAGAGUUCUCAAAUGAAGAAAUCAAACAGAAUCUUUUGAUUCGCUGGUUGCCUCACGAGAUAGCACACAUGUGGUUUGGUAACUUGGUUACCAUGUCCUGGUGGGAUGAUCUGUGGUUAAACGAGGCGUUUGCCGAUUACUACAACUACCACGAGGCUUCUCCUAUCAGCAAUAUGGCAUGGAAUAUGCCUGCCCAGUUUGUCCAGAUCAACGUCGGUUCGUCAUUGGAACUCGAUGGGUACGAAAGCUCUCGGCCUGUUGUCGAGCCCGUUAACACCCCAUCUCUGUCAAUGUUUGACGACAUCGUCUACAAAAAGGGCUCAUCUGUAAUCCGGAUGAUUGUUCACAAAAUCGGGCAUGACGUGUUUACUAGGGCCAUGAAGAAAUAUCUCAAAAAGCAUUCCUAUGGAAACGCAAACACUAACGAUGUUUGGGCUGCGCUAGAAUUUGUGACCCAAGGUAAUGGCAUUUACUAUAAGAACGUUUUUGAACCGUGGGUCCAAAACGCUGGGUUCCCUGUGGUCACCAUCCGGGAGUCUUCUGGAAAAUACAUAACGUCUCAGAAGCGAUUCUUCUACUUGAAAGACAAGACAGACCAAACAAAAUGGUACAUUCCGUUCUCAUACGUCACGGGUGCUGAUGAUGCUCGCGUUCCUCCAGAAACAAACUUCUCGGUGUGGAUUGAACCUUCGAAAUCCUCAGUAAACAUAACAUGGGACGGUAAUGGUUGGAUCAAGGGGAAUUACGGACAGACAGGGUUCUACCGUGUUAACUACCCCGAGGCAAACUGGGAUAACCUCGCGAGACAGCUGGAGGCAACGCCCACUGUAUUCUCAGAGCUUGACCGUUAUGGUUUGAUUGAUGACUCGUUUAACCUAGCAAGAGCCAACAUGCUGAAUAUCACCAAAGCAAUGGACAUCACGGUGUACCUUACAAAAGAGACGGAGUACCUGCCAUGGAAAGGAGCGGAAAUGAACCUGAACUACAUCAAGAAGAUCCUCAAACCUGGUGGUCACACCUAUCGCCAUCUUAUGAAAUACCUGGCCUUCCAAUCCAAGACGAUCCUAAAGAAGCUCGGUUAUGAGAACACCGGGACGCACCUUGACAAGCUACAGCGACUGAUGGCAGUUCACUUCCAGUGCGAAGCGGGAGAGAAGACUUGCCUAGGAAACAUGACCGCCAUGUUCAACGAGUGGAAGAAGGACCAUAUGUCGUUCAGCGUCACGCCAGUCCUUCGAAAACUAGUCUAUCACUACGGCGUAGCCUUGGGAACACCGGAAGACUGGGAACGAGUGUAUAACCGCAUUCACACGUCAGUCAUCGCUUCGGAAAUGCAACCGCUCCUGUAUGGCCUGGCAGGGUCACGUGACAUCUGGACGCUGAACAAAUUUCUCCAAAUGACGAUGGACCAGAUGAAGAUCAAGGAGCAGUAUUCCAAGCACGUGAUCGACUUCGUAGCGAACGAGAACCCGGCGGGAGCCGAGGUCGCCUGGUCAUUCAUCCGAGCCAACUGGGACAAACUAAAAAAGAUGAGCGGGGGCAGCGUGGGCGCCAUGUUGACCUAUCUACCAAGUGUGACCAAGCGCUUUUCCACGGAUUACCAGCUACAACAGCUGACUGAGUUUAUUGAGGAGAACCUUGACGGCCAAAAGAUGCCUCGCCAGCUGGAGAAAGUGAUCGAAGUCGUCAAAAUCAACAUUCAAUGGCGGGCGACGCACGAGAAGAGUCUGGAGGCGUGGCUUGUUAACUUUUUAACCAAUAAAAACAUCCCGAGUAGCGAGAUGAAUUCUGGGUUUAGUGACCCUGCGUAAAUUAUCGUUACAAGAUGUUUGUCAUUUUCACGAGGUUGUGUAAACCAGUUGCUCUUACUCUAACAAGUGGAAUGCAGUAGUUCCCCACAUAUAAGAACCUGGAAGUUAAGAACCUGUUUAGUUAGGCUAAAAUUUGGUAUCUUAUACAUAUAUACACCAUUUAUAUAAAAACCUUACAGUUAAUGUAUAUCAGAAGUUCUCCAAAAAUGUUUAGGCUAACAUUGUAAAAAGUGAAGCAACGAUGAGUUUCUUUUAUGUGUGGGGAACCGCGCACUCGUUCGUUACUCUAAGAAUUGGAAUACCGCGCGCACUUGUUACUCUAAGAAUUGGAAUACCGCGCGCACCAGUUGCGCAAGCUUUACAGAGUUGAAGGAGCACUGACAUGAAGCAACGAUGAUUUUUAUGGCUUUUUUCUUAACUUUGAAUCCCAAAUAUCCUUAGUCGCGUAAAGAAAACUCAUCACGCCCUUUUUAUUUCUGUUAUGAUCGUUACAAUCGAAACAGAACAAAUAUACAAAUAAUAUCGGAUGAGAAAUUGAAAAAAAAUCUAUUGUAUAUGCAUUUAAUUAAGUGCAGUUUUUAUUUCUCGACCGUAGAAAGGUUAAAAUGUUAAAAAAACCCUUAUCCACAUUCGAUUUCACAAUUUUUAAUAAACAAGAUCUCUACAUUGUCA